UGAUGUUCUUCAUCCUGGGAAGGCCACGGUCCCCAAAACAGAAAUCAGGGAAAAGCUGGCAAAAAUGUACAAGACGACGCCCGAUGUGAUUUUCGUCUUUGGCUUCAGAACUCACUUUGGUGGUGGCAAGACAACAGGUUUUGGCAUGAUCUACGAUUCUCUGGACUAUGCAAAGAAGAACGAACCAAAGCACAGGCUUGCCAGGCAUGGCUUGUAUGAAAAGAAGAAGACUUCUAGGAAGCAGCGGAAGGAGCGUAAGAACAGGAUGAAGAAAGUCAGGGGCACAGCCAAGGCAAAUGUUGGUGCUGGCAAGAAGAAGUAAAUGACCAUACUUCAGGUGGAAAAUGGAUAACAGAUUACAUUAUUCUAUGAAGAAGGGUAAAACGAAUUAUUCCGGAAAGGUACUCAUCUGGCUUUAACAACAAAUAAACUAUGU